CCAUCAGAUGAUUGGACACCAAGAAGAAUGUCUCCCUCAUCUGCAGGGGGACAGUUUCACUUCAGAGGAUCCACAGCCCUCACAUUUGAAAGGGGACGAGAAGGAUCCGAAGCCCCCCUAUUUUAAAGAGGAAGAGGAGGGAGAGUGUCCUGUAGGGCAGGAGGAGGAUGAUGUCAGCAAGUUUCCACUGACUGUUGUCUCUGUGAAGACUGAAGAGCAUGAAGACAAAGCACCUGAGUCCUCACAGCUUCAUCACAGUCCAAACGUUCAACAUUCCCUUCACAUCAAAGAGGAAGAGGAUAAUCCACAGCCCACCCACAUGAAAGAGGAAGAAGAGGAUCCACACAUGAAAGAGGAAGAGGAGGUAGAGUGUGUUGAAAGGCAGGAGGAGGAUGAUGUCAGCAAGUUUCCACUGACUGUUGUCUCUGUGAAGACUGAAGAGCAUGAAGACAAAGCACCUGAGUCCUCACAGCUUCAUCACAGUCCAAAUGUCCAGCGGGUGUCAGCGGGGAGUCAUGAAGAGGAGUGGCACACCAGUGUGGGACAGAAGGAGCUACAGGCCCCCUCCCACAUUAAAGAGGAGCAGCUUCAUGAUGAAGAUGAAGCUCAGUCCUUACAGCUUCAUCACAGUCAAAGUGAGGAGAACAGAGGGGCGGAGCUUGUAAGUCAACACAUCACAGAAGCUGAUGGAGAGCAUUGUGAAGAUAUCAAGUCAGAACCAGACAGCAUCUUUGCUCCACUGUCAGACAUGGACCACAUGAUGUCACACUCUUCUGAUCACAGUGACCACAUCCAAAGACCUUUGGAGAGUAAAAAUGACUCUAAAGGUGAUACGAGACAUCACACUAACAACAAACACUUUGACUGCUCUGAAUGUGGGAAAUCAUUUAGACUGAAGACUAAUUGUACAGUACACAUGAGAACACAUACUGGAGAGAAACCUUUUACUUGCUCCGUUUGUAAGAAGAGUUUCUCCACAAAGCAAAGCAUGACCACACACAUGAGAACACACACUGGAGAGAAACCUUUUCCUUGCUCAGCUUGUGCUAAAAGAUUCAACAAAAAGAAUUACAUGAUAUUACACAUGAGAACACACACAGGUGAGAAACCUUUUACUUGCUCUGUUUGUAAGAAGAGUUUCUCCAGAAAGGAAUGCAUGACCACACACAUGAGAACACACACUGGAGAGAAACCUUUUACUUGCGCUGUUUGUAAGAAGAGUUUCUCCAGAAAAGAUUUCAUGACCACACACAUGAGAACACACACUAGAGAGAAACCUUUUACUUGCUCUGUUUGUAAGAAGAGUUUCUCCAGAAAGGAAUGCAUGACCACACACAUGAGAACACACACUGGAGAGAAACCUUUUACUUGCGCUGUUUGUAAGAAGAGUUUCUCCAGAAAAGAUUUCAUGACCACACACAUGAGAACACACACUAGAGAGAAACCUUUUACUUGCUCUGUUUGUAAGAAGACUUUCUCCAGAAAGGGUGACAUGACCACACACAUGAGAACACACACUGGAGAGAAACCUUUUGCUUGCUCAGCUUUUGCUAAAAGAUUCAACACUAAGAAGAAAAUUAUAUUACACAUGAGAACACACACUGGAGAGAAACCUUUUGCCUGCUCUGAAUGUGGGAAAUCAUUUAGAUGGAAGAGUCAUUUUACAGAACACAUGAGAACACACACUGGAGAGAAACCUUUUACUUGCUCUGUUUGUGCUAAAAGAUUCAACACUAAGAAUGAAAUGAUAUUACACAUGAGAACACAUACUGGAGAGAAACCUUUUACUUGCUCCGUUUGUAAGAAGAGUUUCCCCACAAAGCAUUACAUGACCAGACACAUGAGAACACAUCUUGGAGAGAAACCUUUUACUUGCUCCGUUUGUAAGAAGGGUUUCUCCAGAAAGCAUCACAUGACCAGACACAUGAGAACACACACUGGAGAGAAACAUUUUGCUUGCUCAGCUUGUGCUAAAAGAUUCAACACUAAGACUGAAAUGAUAUUACACAUGAGAACACACACAGGUGAGAAACCCUUUACUUGCUCUGUUUGUAAGAAGAGUUUCUCCAGAAAGGAACACAUGACCACACACAUGAGAACACACACUGGAGAGAAACCUUUUGCUUGCUCAGCUUGUGCUAAAAUAUUCAACACUAAGAAUGAAAUUAUAUUACACAUGAGAACACACACAGGUGAGAAACCCUUUACUUGCUCUGUUUGUAAGAAGAGUUUCUCCAGAAAGCAAAUGAUGACCAUACACAUGAGAACACACACUGGAGAGAAACCUUUUGCUUGCUCUGUUUGUAAGAAGAGUUUCUCCACAAAUACAAACUUGACCACACACAUGAGAACACACACUGGAGAGAAACCUUUUACUUGCUCUGUUUGUAAGAACAGUUUCUCCAGAAAAGAACACAUGAUAUUACACAUGGGAACACACACAGGUGAAAAACCCUUUACUUGCUAUGUUUGUAAGAAUAAUUUCUCUAGAAAGCAACACAUGACCAGACACAUGAGAACACACACUGGAGAGAAACCUUUUGCUUGCUCAGCUUGUGCCAAAAGAUUCAACACUAAGAAUGAAAUGAUAUUACACAUGAGAACACACACAGGUGAGAAAUCCUUUACUUGCUCCGUUUGUAAGAAGAGUUUCUCCAGAAAGCAAAUCAUGACCAUGCACAUGAGAACACACACUGGAGAGAAACCUUUUGCUUGCUCAGCUUGUGCUAAAAGAUUCAACACUAAGAAUGGCAUGAUAUUACACAUGAGAACAAACACUGGAGAGAAACCUUUUACUUGCUCAGUGUUAGUAUAAUUAUGUAUAUAUAUUAUCACACUAACUUUAGUAUCCUUAAAGUCUGUUGCUUUAGUUAUUAGUUAUUGUGCUUAAGUUAGACUUUUCUAUUCGUGCAAGGACAAACACUUCUUGUCUGAGGGGUGGCCUCUUUGUUUUAGCCCGCUAACAGCCAAGGACUUCAAGGACCUCUACGAAGAUAAGACGACAGCACGCUGACGAAGCGGAGACAAGGCGAAAUCACAAGGCCACCACCACAUUCUGUCACGUAUUGUGCGUCCUGGACCUGCUUUGCAUAAUAUAUGUGACCACUCCUUUUAGAGGCGGCCUCAGUGAUGUUGACUGUGGAACUCUUGAAUAAAUAGAGGGACGCGGGAGCUGAACCUUAGAGCGUAUG